ACUGCGUCCUGACAUAGUUCUUUCCUUUCUUUCCCUCCUUGCACCUUCUCUUUCCCAUUUCUAAGCGCCCUUGUAUUCGGUUCCAACAAUAAUUGUACAAUGCUUUGAACUACUGACUCCUGCUGUGCACGAGAAUGCAAACCACCCCUGGCAGAUCCACCUUAACGCUCGACCGAUGAGAACGGGGAUUUUGUUUCAGAAAUGGAUAUGAUGUCAGUCAGCACGGCGGCGUUCGCCCCCGCUGCAGCUUCUGGCUCCGACCUGCAUUCGAUCCUAAGCUCAACCGGUCCUACCAGAGCAGCGACGUCCACUUCCUCGCUCAAUUCCCUGAAUGACUACACGAAUUAUCCUCUGAUCCGUCAGGGCGAUCGCACGUACUUGCGCGACCCCGAAAGUCUGUACCCUUUACCAUGCGAUCUCCCGGAAAUCCAUCGCCAAACUCUGCGCUCUCUCAUGCUGCUGCGCGUUUUCGGAGGCCCCUUCUGCAACCCAUACUUUGCCGAUCGCCCUCCCCAACGUGUCCUUGAGAUCGCAUGCGGUUCGGGUCUCUGGUCAAGCUUGUCUCAUGACUAUUUCGCCCGUCGUGGCGCUCGCAAUGUUGCUUUCCACGGUAUUGACCUCGUUUCCUUAGCGCCUGACUUGCGCAAAAAGGGUGUCAAUUGGCAAUUCAAGCGCCAUGAUCUACGGAAGCCUCGUUUGCCUUUCCCAGACGAUUAUUUCGAUUUUGUCUUCAUUAAGGAUGCGUCCAUGUGCCCCUCCAGUCCAGCGCAGCAGGCAUCCGGCUUGAGCGAGCCGCUGCGAGUUCUCAAACCGGGCGGCGUCCUGGAAGUAUGGGAUUCCGAUUCAGUAUUCCGAUCACUGCUCCCUAAUCCUGCGCCCGCUCGUAAAUUAGCAUCGAGGGAACAAGAAAUUGCGGAUGCGACCGCAACCUACACAUUUUCGCCUGCCACACCAUUCACACGAGUGCAGAACAAGUUCCUUCAAGACUACAACUCUUGGGCUGAGAAAGCAUUCGACCGUCGCAAACUCACUGCACUACCUUGUUCCACGAUUGGACUAUCCUUCAACUCCGAGGUGGACGUUUUAGAGAAAGUGGAUAGCCGCCGGAUUGCUAUACCACUAGGCGACUUACGGUGGGAACGAGAAAGCAAGGACUCUAGCGGUGGCGCGCGCAAGCAAUUAACGGCAGAUCAAAUGUCCAUCCGGCGCACAGCUCUUUUGACCGUGAUCCAGAUGAUCGAGGGCAUGGAGCCUAUCCUCAUGGAGGCCAGCGGGAAGAGUAGAGAUGAAUGGGAUAGAUGGUGGACAGCCAUGAUGGCCGAUGUGUUCCAGAAAGGGGGCCUUGCAAAUGGCGAAUGUUUGGAAGUGAGUGCUUGGUGGGGUCAAAAGAAGGCCUAGCACAAAGAACUCAUAGAAUCGCCUGGUUUUUUGGGUGGACGAGCAAAGAAAAAGCAGAAAAAGCAGAGCAGCCCGUUGCUCACUUCCUAUUGGUGAUACCCCAUUUAUGUUGAUUUUCCAUGUGUAUACUUCGUUUCAGUCAAGGUGUGAUGUCCAAUUGCCUUACUGGCCCUAAUUGCGUUCAUAGCGCUGUUUCAACGUGCGAUAUCGCUUCAAGUA